GUCUUUGGCUGAGACCAAGCCCCGCUCCACUUGGCUCUGUCAAUCACAGGCCAAAACAAGAUGGCAGGCUGCGGGAGCUUGGUCUUCUUCUUAACAGUUUGUGUUGCCAGUUUGUUUGGGGCCAAUGCAGAGAGCAAAUUCACCAUCCCCGUGGGGAGUUUUUUCACUUACGAGCUGAUGAGAGAGACUUUCCAGAAUGACUUUGAACCUUUGUCCAAACUCUACCCCGGCCUCUGGCACGAUGACCCCAUGAUUUUUAAGUGCAACAAGCAGAAUUUUCCAGACCUCCCAGAGUGGCUGCGCUUCACCCAAAGGCACCCCUUUGAUAACGGCUUCCUGUACGGCACACCGACGUCUCCAGGAAAAAGCAUCAUAGAGAUCUAUGCCAUCAAUAAACGCACCUACGACACGGCCAGGCACCUCCUCGUGAUCAAAGUGGUUGCAGAGAAGAUACUGCCCUAUCAGGCCGAGGUCUUCAUCAAGCUGAGGGAGAUUGAAAAAGUGCUGCCCUCUACUGUUCAGACUGAGAUAAAGCGAGAUUUACAGAAGCUGUGGGACACAGAGGCCUUGGAAAUUGUCAAUAUCACCAAUGCCCUCGACCGUGGUGGCAGAGUUCCCCUCCCUAUUGCGGGACACUUUGAAGGUGUCUAUGUGAAGGUGGGCUCGGAGCAGAAUUUCUCAAGCUGUCUCCUGAAGGUGCUGACGCCGGAGCACCAGAGGCAGUGCGCAGCGGGGGCCAAAGACAAGGGCCCCGAAGGCUGUAACUUCUGCAAGAUUCCCAGCAACUGCAUCACCUGGUGCAAGACGGAGCUGUUUGAUCUGACGAAGCAGGAGCCGGAGCCACCUGCUCCCACGAUGGGCUCAGGGAUUUUGGAGCCCGGAGACGACUACAACCCCGUUGAGUCUCCCCCGAACAGGGACUACUUCCCAGACUACAUCGUGACAGUGAUCGUCCCCCUGAUCCUCGCCAUCAUCCUGUGUCUGCUGCUGGCCUACAUUAUGUUUGGCAGACGAGAGGGAGUUGAGAAAAGGAAUGCAAGAACAAACCAAAUCCAGCUGUACCACCACCACACCAUUCACGGGAACACCGACGAGCUGAGGAACAUGGCUGGAAACCGAGGUGUCCCCGCGCCUCUGUCCACGCUGCCCAUGUUCAACAGCCGAACCGGGGAGAGGUCUUCACCGCUGCAGUCCGACAGCCCCAGCAUCCCCCUCAUCCUGGCCCAGCAUGACCCCUACAGUGACACGCUGCCCAGGUGAACGGCCACUCAGUGGACUUCCUCCUAAGAUGCUGCGUUCGUUCUGGGCUGCCGGACGCCAAGAAGCGAGGAAGAGAGCACAAAGAUGCCUUUGAUACCCUGAGUGUUAUUCAUACAGCCAUUUGCUGUCAUGUUAUAAACAUCAUGUUUUUUUCUUCUUCUUUAGGUUUCACCAGUAUAAAUUAACAGUUUGCCGUUUCUCAUAUUGUUAUUAGGAUUUCCUGUGUUCUUCUGUCCUCCCGCCGGUUAAAAAUAAACCUUUUAUUGUCGUGUCCGUCAUGUUUUUAAUCUCGCUGCAGCCGUUCCUCCUGCUCACGUUGCUUCCAAAAAUAUCCCAUCUUAAAGGACUAGCCUGGGUUCUUUAACCCUUCAGGGUAGCCAGCAGACUCGGAGCAGUGGACAGCCCCAUGGAAGCUGAGUGGAAGCCUCACAAAGUUCUUUUCAGUCCUCUGAUGAACCAACCUGAGGAAGCAUCACUUGGAUUAAGCAGAUCCAGAAUAAUUAGGAAUCAUCUUUCCAUUUUGUCUGUUUAUCUUUUACAGUGAGACUUUGUGCUCUGGUCUCAUCCUUUUAGUUUUAAAGCAGAUGCAGUUGCACUAAAUGUCCAGAAGGGGCCGCUUAUGUGUCUUCUUUUCAGUGUCCUUCACUCCUCUUAACAAUCUGGGCUGAGGAUACAACUUCAUUCAGGUGCAUAUUUUUAAAUUUGACAAGGAAACUGCAAUAUCUACACGCUUGAUGAACAGCUCUGGUGGUUUUUACAUUUUACUGUGUUUUAGGUCUGAUUUCUUGAGGUAAAUUUGCACGUGACGAACAAUAAAAGCCAAGUCUGAGACCUUAGACAUUGGCCUUGUUUUCACUGCUGCUUAAGAGAAAUGUAAAUGGUGCAACUGCUGUGGAACAGCUGAUUUCUGUGCACACGCACACUAGCUCUGCAGAAAAUGUGAGACUCGCCCCCAGACUAUUUCCUGAGCCCUAACCCCCGUCAGUUUCACAACAGUUGCAAAACAGGACAGUGAAAACGCCGCCACUGAGUAGACCACUUCACAUGCUUUAUUUCAGCACCCAAAAUAAUUAAAAACAUCUUGAUUUAUUAUACAUGUACAAAAUAAGUACAGAAUCUCUCUUUUAAACCAUGAAAGUGGGUCUGCUUCAAAUUCUUUUUUAAGAAACUCUUCAACAACAAAACAACAUAGACAACAGGAUGGGAGAUGUGUGCUGUUAUUUCUUUCUUUUUCUUUUUUUAGUGAAGAGGAGUUUUCCACAGGAGGGAAGGGGGGCAGGGGAGGCAAACAGACAGAAGGAUCAAUACUGAACUGAAACCAGAGUCACUUGUUUUUAUCUACAAAGACAUGAUUGCAUGCAUUAACAUCUGCAGUGAUCACCUUUUCAGAGGACCUCUGUUAUCAAAACCAACACUUAAGAAGAAAACAAUUGCACUGCACAGACAACAAGAGUCAAUUUAGUAGCACCAAAGGUUCUGCAGGCAUGAGUGGCAAUAAGUACAGUAUGACAGGACCUCAUUGAGUUGGUAAUAGCACCUUGGAAUGUUUUUAAUUUUCCCCCAAUCGACUUGUUGUUGUGUAUAAUGUACCCUUUUCAUUUGA